AACCGUCCGCGAGCAGGGAAAGGAGAGCAUGAUCCAGUCUGCACAUAAACUCAUUUAAACAUCUAUUAACGCAGGAGGAACACUUAGCUCAUGGGGAAAGCGAUACCAACACGGCUCAACGAUUACUUUCUUUAAUAAUAAGGACUUUUCAAACCGGGUUUUGCGUAAAAACGUGCAGGAUAGCACACUUCCACCUGCCUGGUGUGUUUCAAAACAUCACGGAACUCCGAGGUUCACCUGAGACGCCAAGGACAUCGUUUGCAUGAAGUUGUGGCCAGAUCAAAGCAGUGGAUGCAACUACGCUCCAUCCGUAGAAGAAAGCUGGAAGUCUGGGAGAGGCUCUAAAGAAGACCAGCUGACCUCUGGGGAACACACCUCUGCCAAAAUUUCCCCCAAACCCAGCCUGAAGCGCACAAUGUCGCUCAGCACGUUUCAGCUCAUGCAGACUCUCAAGAACUCUCCGGCUGCGCUACGUCGCCGCUUUCGCCGCGACCGCACGGAGUCUUUAUCCCACGGCGACCCUCUCUUCAAGGUGCACUACCUGGGCACGGAGAAAAUCUUCUCUCUGGACCGAGAGCAGGCCCAGGACGCUAUCAGCCACCUGCUGGAAGAUGUUUCAAAAGGGAAGAAGCUCAGCAAAGAUCACGCCCUGGUGGUGCGGCCGAGAUACGUGGAGGUCAAGGAACUGAGUACAGGUCGGCAGCUCACGAAGACGUACCUGCAGGACAUUGCGUACUGUGCGGCGGACGCAAACCGGCCCAAUGUCUUCCUGUACAUCUGCAAGCAUCAGGGGCAGCAGCUGCAGUGUCGGGUGUUCUGGUGCAGCCGGGCGGAGCGAGCGCGGGACAUGACGGCGUGUCUGGCGCAUUCUUUCCAGCGGGCGCUGAGCGACUUCCAGCAGGAGGGAUCGGCCACGCUGCAGCCCGGGGAGGGGAAGGGAAAACUGGUAGAGGAGUCGGCAAACUCUCCCGCCAACAACAAGAGCAGCACGCUACCAACCAGUCUGGGAAAAGUUCGCUGGAAGAAGAGGGGCUCUGUGUCUCGCAGCCCCCUCAGAGCCAUCACAAGAAGAGGGUCUGCCUCUGACAGCUGGAACUGAACCUACGCUUUUUACCCCUUACGUAAAAAAUGGGACCACAUUAACCUGACAACCACCUCAAGGACAACAGCACUGAUGGGGGCGAUCACAAGACAAGAGGGAGGACAAAGGGGAUAGGAGUGGGAGGUGGGAAAGUCCAUAUUUGGAUGACUGAGGAAAGGAUGACGCCAUAAUCGGUGGGCGUACGGACUUGAAGGUUCUUCGACGCAGCAAAGUCGUCUGUUGACUUUUGCAACAGUGGCGUCCAAUGUAGCACAAAAAGCUGUCGAUGAGCGCCUUUGUUCAGCCGUCAACAGCCAGGUGAGGACUGGCGGCAAGCCAUUUAGGGAGCAGACUGGGUCAUUUCCGGGCCUCUGUUUUUGGUGGGCUUGUUUGUUUUCGAAGAGUCUACUUGAAACUUUAGCCGCCAAAGAGUUUGAUCUGUCGGAAAGAGCUUUUGGCCACAGAGAAAGCAAAACUGGAAAAAGACGACAGGAGCUUUCGUUGAAGGCAGAUUUUUAUUUAUGAAAUUUGUGACGGGUCAUAAUUUCAAUUUAUUAUUAUUGUUUUAGCCAUGUGGCACUCGCAGGUCUUUGUUUUUCAUUCGGAUGAACAAAAGACCCUUUUUAUUUUACAUUAUGAGAUAGAUGUCAGAGGGAAAACACAGGCGUACAAGUGAAGAUAAACUAUAGUCUGCGAUGUUGUUCCCUAGCACUUUCAUUAGAAUCAGACAUCCAAACUGCUUUUUUCUCAGUUACUUGGAAAACAUACACCCCAGGGUCAACAAAUCCUCCCUUACAGCAGAAUCCUUCCAAAAAAACCAAAAAUACAGAUCCUAACUGUCCGCCUGCGCUGACGUAUUUGCAUUUAUGUGGGAAAACACACACGCAGCCAUGACUUGCGGGUUUGUUUGUGUCCGGACACUGGGAACGCUGUGUUCCCAUCUGGAGCCUCAGUGCGGAAUGCUCGGCCGUGCACCUGCAUUCCAAACGUGGAGGGAAAUCGGAGAAGCGUCUAACCAUGACUUUGCAUAUUGAGCAGCCUUGUCACAAUGUGCUGUUUUUACGCCGAGUCGCUCUCAUUUACCGAAGCCAUAAGAAGGGGCCCCUGACUACUUAAGUGAAAGUGACGGUUAUAGACAUUGAUGUGUGCAGGAUUGCAUAACGUGCCCUCAUGAUGGCGAUAAGUUUACAAAUGAGAGAUGUAAGGGUUAGUGGUGCACCGUGAGGCGACCAUUUAGUGUUUUCUGACCAAAACUAAGCUAGGUGUUUCUGUGCCACAAAGUUUUAACCGGGUUAUUUUAUCAUGUUGUACUUGUGAUGUAUCUUUUUAUUUACAAAAGCCGCAACAUCCCCAUCUCAGAAAAGGGGUCAUGUGCCUGCUACAAGGCGUAUUUUUAUCAGUGUGCUGUUUUUCUGUCAUUGUACAUAUUUAAUUAAAUGUGUAUUUUAUGUAAUAUUAAAACUUUUUAUACAACA